AUGACGGUGCCGUUGGGAUUGGGCGCGUUGGGCGCCGCGCUCCCGGCGAGCAGAAAGGCGAAGCGCGAGAGCGAGGCGGAUGCGAUUCGAGCAAAGGGUAACGAGCGGUUCGCCGCGGGAGAUCUGGUGAGUGCGAUCGCGUUGUACGAUGAAGCGUUGACAUUGAACGGUUCGGACGCGAGUGCGCACGCGAAUAAGGCGGAGUGCUACCUCCGAGCGCGGGCGUUCGACAAGGCGCUGGAGAGCGCCAGGGAGGCGCGCGAACACGCGAGAGGGAACAAGUCGACCGAGCUCAAGGCGCUGUAUAAGAUGGCGAUGGCGCUGAACGGAUUGGCGAGGUAUGUCGAAGCGGCCAAGGUGGCUGAGGAGGGAGCGGCGCUGGCGAAAGACCCCGAGGAUGCGGCGGUUCGGGUGACGCUCGAAAAGGUGAAACUUGAGUGCGAAAUGUUAAAGGAACAAGCCUUCGCGGGUAUGUUCGAUCUCGGAUCGCUCUAUCUCAACCGCAUGAACGCGAGCUUCCGACGUUGCGCGGACUACGUCGGAUCUGUCAAGAUUGCCAAGUUGAAUAACGGCCGUCGAGGCGUGGUGACGACAAGCGCCGUGAGCGCGGGCGAUCUGCUCAUGGCGCAAUCUCCUUUGAGCGCCGCGCCGUUCGGCAAAGACGUCGAACGUCACCUCAUGCUCGGCCUGUACGAAGCUGCCCGAGCGAACGCCGCAGACUGGGCAAUCUUGAAGGCACUGCCGACUUCGAGUGAGGACGAAGAGAAGGACGCACCGGACGUGAGUUUGUUUCGCAAGCACAUCAGCUCAGCGAACAGAGAAACGUCGCCCGUGCCAGAGACGCCGGAGGAGCUCGCAUUCUUGCCGAAAAUCGUCACUAACUGCGCCAUCUCUGGGCGUAAGCUGUGUGGCGUGUGGUCGAUGCCGAGCUUCAUGAAUCACUCUUGCAUUCCCAAUGCGCAUCGCAUCAACGUGGGUAAAGUCAUGCUCGUCUUUGCCUCGAAGGAUCUUCCAGUGGGCGCCGAGGUCACAAUCAAGUACUACGACACGCUCAUUCCGAAGAGGGAUCGUGACGCGUUCGCGACGAGACGCGGGUACGAGUGCAACUGCGUUAGAUGCGCGUUUGAGUCCGAGGGUGACGUGGGCGAAGAGGAGAAGAAGAAGCUCGAGGCCGAAGGCAAGGAUGAAGGUGUCGGUCCAAUCACGCGCGCCGUCAGCGGCUGCAAGCGCAAGUUCAAAGCCGUCCUUAAGGCGUUCAAGGAAGAGCUUGCCGAGUACAGAAGGACGAAGGGCCAAAUAGUUCCCAAUGUCUUGCCCUUGAUCGAGCUCCGCGAGUGGUUCGAGGCUCGACUGGCUGCAUUGGAGUUGGACUCGACCCAAGUCGCGAUGGCACGAAUGUCGGUGUAUUCCAUAUACGAGACGCUUCACAUGGCGUUCUCGUGCACGGGUGCAGGAGAGUCUAGGCACCAACUCAUCAAAACCAUGCUGCAAGACUUGAGCAUUGUCGAUCCCGGCGGGUUCAACGCGUGCAAACUGAGCACAAUGCUCGCGAACGGCGCUCGGCGCACGUUCGGUGUGAAUUCAGAGGAAGUGGUUGAGGCGACGAACAUCAUGGUCGAGGCGCAUCGAGUGCGUUACGGUGCAAUCGACGGAGAAGAUUUGGUUGAAAUCGUGCGACGGACAGAGUCUUCCGUCACCCAGGACGAGGGUGAGUUCUGCGAGCUUUGA